GUUUUUGAACGCAGUUAUUUACCCGCGCAGUCAACGUGAAUUCGAAGAUGGCAGGUGACGAUGCGGUUGAAAGUGAAGCUAUGGAGAUCGAAAUUUUACCAUCCACGAGCACAAGUGAUAAUACGAAAAUCAAGGAAAGAGAUGGCAAAUCUACUGCGAAUUUACCGUGGAUUGAAAAAUAUCGGCCUCAGGUAUUCUCUGACAUUGUUGGUAACGAGGACACUGUAUCCAGAUUAGCUGUCUUCGCUCAACAUGGCAAUACUCCAAAUAUCAUCAUCGCUGGUCCACCUGGGGUGGGUAAAACUACUACGAUUUUAUGUUUGGCUCGUACUCUGUUGGGACCAGCAUUCAAAGAAGCUGUACUUGAAUUGAACGCAUCAAAUGAGAGAGGAAUAGAUGUAGUUAGAAAUAAAAUUAAAAUGUUUGCUCAGAAAAAGGUGAAUCUUCCGAAAGGAAAGCAUAAAAUUAUUAUUUUAGAUGAGGCAGAUAGUAUGACCGAUGGAGCGCAACAAGCGUUACGCCGAACGAUGGAGAUUUACAGCCAUACAACUAGAUUUGCUCUUGCAUGCAACAACACGGAGGAGAUUAUUGAACCUAUACAAUCACGAUGCGCUAUGUUAAGAUAUGGAAAGUUAACGGACGCCCAAGUCUUGGCCAAAGUUCUUGAAGUCUGCGAAAAAGAGAAUAUUUCUUAUACAGACGAUGGUAUGGAAGCAAUAGUAUUUACAGCUCAGGGGGACAUGAGACAAGCCUUGAAUAAUCUGCAGUCUACACGUAACGGAUUUAAUCAUGUAAAUGCAGAAAAUGUAUUUAAAGUCUGUGAUGAGCCUCAUCCUUUAAUAGUCAAAGACAUGCUGGAUAAUUGUGUACAGGGAGACGUUUCUAAAGCAUGCACGGUAAUGGAUCAUUUCUGGAAAAUGGGAUAUUCAGCUGAAGAUAUAAUCAGUAACGUAUUUAAAGUUUGUAAAAAUCAUGCUAUGGAUGAGAAACUAAAAAUAAAAUUUAUUAAGGAAAUUGGAAUAACACACAUGGGAAUAGUAGAAGGAAUCAACAGUUUGUUACAGUUACAUGCUUUAGUGGCGAGACUUUGCCUCGCAUGCAUGUCAAAAUAAUUGUAUGAAACAAUUGUAUUCUGUUGCCCUUUAAUAAAUAUGUUUAUAUAUUUUUACUACAUA